UAUCACUGAAGGCCUUUUUUUUUUUUCAUGGAAACUUACUUAUUUUUGGACUGAAAGAUUCUUUAUUUUUAUAAGAAGUUGAUUAUUGGGGAUAAAUGCCUAAAAUUCGGAGUUUAAGGCGGCAACCGCCACCAGACGGCUGGGAAUUAAUAGAACCAACUCUUAAUGAGAUUGAGAAUAAAGUUAGGGAAGCCGAAAAUGAGGGUCAUGAAGGGAAAAGAAGAGUUGAAACGGUCUGGCCCAUUUUUCAACUUCAUCAUCAGCGCUCUCGUUACAUAUACGAACUCUAUUAUAAAAGAAAAGCUAUUAGCAAAGAGUUAUACGAGUACUGUUUAUCUGAAAAAUACGCCGAUAAAGCUUUAAUAGCGAAGUGGAAAAAGCAAGGUUAUGAAAAUCUUUGUUGCCUAAGAUGCAUUCAAACAAAAGAUACUAACUUUGGCACCCAAUGUAUCUGCCGUGUUCCAAAAGCUAAGUUAGAGGAAGGAAAAGUUGUUGAAUGCGUUCAUUGUGGUUGCCGAGGCUGUUCUGGUUGAGG